AUGGCUCGUAUUUAUGCCGGUGCGAAUGCACAACUGGGACGCUCGUGGUAUGACUAUGACAAUUUCCGAAUCGAGUGGAGUUCUCCCAACCGCUACGAGAUCGUCGAUCGUGUAGGAGGCGGGAAGUAUAGCGAGGUGUUCGAAGGGUUGGAUACCGCUAACUCCGAAACGUGUAUCAUCAAAGUACUCAAACCUGUGGCCCCAAAGAAGAUCAACCGUGAAAUUAAGAUUUUGCGCAACCUCACUGGAGGUCCAAAUGUUGUUGCCCUUCUUGACGUCGUUCAAGACCCUUCAUCGAGAUACCACAGCUUGAUCAUGGAAUAUGUGGAUAAUGUGGAGUGGAAAUCACUAUACCCAAUCCUUGGCGAGGUAGAUAUCAAGUUCUAUACUUUCCAGCUCCUUAAGGCUUUGGAUUUUGUGCAUUCGCGAGGAAUCAUGCAUCGCGAUGUGAAACCGGGAAACGUCAUGAUUGAUCACAGACACAGGAAGCUACGAGUCAUUGAUUGGGGACUGGCUGAAUUCUACCAUCCCGGGACAGCAUAUCAUAUUCGUGUCGGUUCACGGUAUUACAAAGCGCCAGAACUGCUAGUGGGGUAUAAACUGUACGAUUAUAGCUUGGAUCUGUGGAGCGUAGGAUGCAUGCUUGCUUCGAUGCUAUUUCGCAAAGAGCAUUUCUUCCGUGGUUCGGACAAUGAUGACCAACUCUUGAAAAUUAUGAGAGUUCUGGGAUCCGACAGUUUUGAUGCAUACCUGAAGACGCAUGAUAUACCAUUUGAAACAGAAAUAGAGGUCCUUUUGCUGUCUUAUCCAAGACAGCCUUGGGCACGUUUUGUUAAUGCUGACAACCAGCAGUUUGUGACGUCAGAGGCAAUGGACCUUCUUGACAAAUUACUUCGUUAUGACCAUCAGAAACGGCUCACAGCACGGGAGGCUCAAGCCCAUCCAUAUUUCAAUCUAGUCAGACUCGAGGCAACAUCAAUUAAAGGAGACUCGGCGGAGUAUGUUAACGAUUCUGGAUUCUGCUCUAUGUAA